AUGUGGACGAGUGCAAUGGCCAGCACAGAUGCCCCAACUCCACCAGCUGCAAAAACAUCCCAGGCUCUUAUAUCUGCACUUGUCCCCAGGGCUGGGAGCCCACUCCAGGCUCACAGAACCAGCAGGAGAAUGUCACAUGUCAAGAUGUGGACGAGUGCAAUGGUCAGCACAGAUGCCCCAACUCCACCAGCUGCAAAAAUAGCCCGGGCUCUUAUAUCUGCACUUGUCCCCAGGGCUGGGAGCCCGAUCCAAACUCACAGAACCAGCAGGAGAACGUCAAAUGUCAAGAUGUGGACGAGUGCAGUGGCCAGCACAAAUGCCCCAACUCCACCAGCUGCGAAAACACCCUGGGCUCUUAUAUCUGCACUUGUCCCCGGGGAUGGGAGCCUGAUCCAAACUCACAGAACCAGCAGGAGAACGUCACAUGUCAAGAGAUCUCUUUCCCCCCCUGGAGUAACCCCCCUGAUAUCCACAGCCAGGCUGUCUCCCACUUUUAUGACGAAAUCUACAAACUCAGCAUCAACUUCAGCUCAACACGUGUUAACAGCACCAUUGAGUCCCUUUUACAGGACGUGGAUGAGUUGCUAGCCAACCCUGGGAACUUGGUAACUCUGCCCCUUCCGCAGCAGUACUUGGAGGUCUCUUACCUGCUGGCUAACCUGGAGAGCAUCCUGAGGGGGCUGAGCAGGGCCCUGCAAGAUGGACCACUGACCUUGGGUUCACCUUCAGGCGCAGAAUUCUCCGUGGAGGUGUGUGAACAAAGGCUCGGAUUUGUCAACUUGACUCAGAAUGAAACGCAGAUGUUUCUGAGCUGGGAGGCGGUGCCUGGAUCCAGUGACUCGGGUCCUUUCGUGGCGGGCUUCGUGUCCAAUCCGAAGAUGGGGGAGCUGAUGGAUAAAGCCCCCCUGGUCCUGGACCCCGACAUGGAGUCGCUUCUGAAUAUGGCGCAGGGGGUCAAGUUGCAGGGAGUCGGUGUCCUGUCAGAGGUCAGCACCGCCUUCGUGAGCAGCAGUGAUACCCAGAACCUCAGCUCUCCUGUCACCUUCAUCUUCAAGCACUUAAAGCACCUUGAGCCGGGGCACAAAGCGCUCUGUGUCUUCUGGGAGCGUGAACAGAAUGGAUCUGGUCACUGGGGUACCACUGGGUGCAGGACGGUGAACAGAGCUGCCAACGUCACCACCUGCCAGUGCACCCACCUCAGCAGUUUUGCUGUGCUCAUGCUGUUCCUCAGUGCACAGGAGGAAGACUUCGUCCUGGAUGUCAUCACCUACGUGGGGCUGAGUCUCUCUCUGCUCUGCCUCCUCCUGGCUGCCCUCACCUUCCUGCUGUGCAAAGCCAUCCAGAACACCAGCACUUCCAUCCACCUGCAGCUCUCACUCUGCCUCUCCCUGGCCCACCUGCUCUUCCUCACAGCCAUCGACAGAACCGAGAUCCGGGUGCUGUGUGCCAUCAUCGCGGGGGCCUUACACUACCUCUACCUGGCUGCCUUCACCUGGAUGCUUCUAGAAGGCCUGAAUCUCUUCCUCACGGCCCGGAACCUGAUGGUGGUCAACUACUCCAGUGUGAACAGGGCCAUGAAGAAGUUCAUGUUCCCCGUGGGCUAUGGGGUCCCUGCUGUGAUCGUGGGGGUGUCUGCAGCCUCCAGGCCUCACCUGUAUGGGACCCCUGACAGAUGCUGGCUUCACACAGGGGGACAGUUGAUAUGGGCCUUCCUAGGCCCCAUCGGUGUCACAGUCUUUAUGAAUUUGACGCUUUUCCUUCUGACCUUCUGGAUUGUGAGAAGCAAGCUCUCCUCCCUCAACAGUGAUGUGUCCACCAUCCAGAACACGAGGAUGCUGACAUUCAAGGCCACGGCCCAACUCGUCAUCCUGGGCUGCACCUGGUGUCUGGGCCUCCUGCAGGUGGGUCCCGCCACCAAGCUCCUGGCCUAUCUCUUCACCAUCGUCAACACCCUGCAGGGUGUCUUCAUCUUCCUGGUCUACUGCCUUCUCAAUCAGCAGGUGCGGGAGCAGUAUGGGAAAUGGUUCCGAGGAGUCCAGAAAGCCAAAGCUGAGUCUGAGAAGUACACUCUCUCCAGCAGGGCCAUGUCUGAUGACCCCAGACCCAGCAUGGAGAAUUGUGAUGAAUGGUCUACCCAGAUGAUAUUGCCUCCUCGAAAAUGAGGGGAGGAAAUCAGACUGAAAACUGCUGAGCUGUGAAUUUUUUGUUUGUUUUGUGAAAAGGAUGGAAAAGUUUCAGUUGUACUAGAAGGAACUCUUCAUAGUGCCCAAAUGGGAGAAAGUAUACAAGGAAAUGCCGACUCCCCAUUGCUGGAGAACAUGGAUUUUUCUGUGUUAGCCUACUUCCUUCACUUCCAACAGAGCCAGGGAGUUUCAACUUAAUGCUCACUAGAAAUUACUUUUUUCUAGAACAUUCUUCCUCAAGUUGAGGAUCCACAAGCAAGAAAGGUGAUUUCACAAGGCAUCCACAAACUAGCAUGAGAAGAUAGCACUUUUAGUUGAGUCAAAUCUCUGUGUAUGAUUUUCUUGGCUUUGCUUGUGCAAAUUGAAGGUCAAACUGAAAAAUUCUAGAAAAUUCUGCAAGUAGAAGGAGCCGCAAAAUUGGCAUGUAGGAGAUACCUCCGUGACAGGGAAACUGGCAAAGUUGUUCUUUCUAUCUACGCAUCUCAACUCCGCACUUCUGUUUCUAAAGUCUUACUGACUUAUUCAUUCGGAAUAUUUAAAAUUUCCCAACUGGUUGGUUGCACGUGGACCAAGAGCGAUCCAAUUCCUGAUUUCAUACAGAUUUGCACAUGUAAAAUUUCUCCUUUGGAAUAAAAUCAGGACCCUGUGACUCAA